AUGUUGAUAUAUACUCGUUCAACUGGUAGUAUAUUUGUCUCAUUCGGCUUUUUAGCAACGGCGUUACGUGCUCCGCGUGGAUUGCAGUAUCUUGGUAUCUCGCAUACAGAUGACUUCAGACACCACAACCUCUACUCGGUAGCUGAGAAUAAUGCAACCGUGGAAGAAUUCGUGGACGUGCUACUGCUGCACCGCGAGUCAUUGGAGGGGAUCAAAGUUGAUUAUGAAGAUGUCUUUGACCAGCGGAACAAUGACCCAAACCGGCCCCCAGAGAUCAACGUUGCGACUUUCUUGCCGUAUGCCAAGAGGUUUCCCAAGCUGAAGCGCAGGGAAGGAUGUGGUAAAGGUGAGCUGAUUUUGUUUAUGGGUGAUUAUUCUGUCUAUGACGAGUCGAAAGAUGAAGCAGCGCCCGGAGAGGCCGCUGAAAGAGAAGGAGAAGAAAGAAUUGACGUUUAG